AUGUUCGUCUGUUUAUGGUUAGUACGAUUUAUACCAAUGAUGCAUUAUCCUUGUCUCAAAUCACUUCAUCAUCAGAAAGAUAUAGUUCUACCUCCCAUCAACAUUGUCGCCGAAAAAACGACUAGCUUGGCUGAGUUUCUUCUAACCACCAGGGAAAUGAGUGCACCACUUCAAUUUGUUCAUGCAAAAACGGACAUUAUUGAGCUUCGAUCUUCUGUUGACAGUAGUGAUAGUGAUCCUCAAAUAAAAACACAAUUAAGUACAAAAUUUCACGAACUUCAAACUCUUGUUCAACAAGGUGGUAAUGAACUGACAUAA